AUGUCUUCGAACGCCUCUUCCUCGUACGGCUCGUCCUACGCACAGGACAAGGGCGCCUACGCUUCUCGCUCUUCCUCACCACGGUCUACAACCUCGACCUACUCGUCGCCGAGUUCGUCAAGCCUCUACGCCCACCGCGGCCACUCACAGCGGAACAACCGUUACGGCAGCAAACCCAGCGGCAACGUCCAGGUUACCCAAGGCGGCCAGUCGAACGGCCCGUCGAGCACGUCCGCUGGGAACGCAGGCUACUAUCAGUAG